AUGGAUUGGAUCAGUAAGGCCCGGUUCUUGCAGCCACCAAUCGAUCAGGCCGAGAUGGUUGAUCAGAUCACGUCCCACUUCACCUUUAACAUUUCCAUUGCCCUCAGAGGUCUCCGUAUUACCACCACUAAUGAACUCGUUCAACAACUCUCCCACAUUCAGCAAGCUCAUUCCCCUCCAAAUAAUCAAAAUGCCCCCUCUUAUCAAAAUCAAAAUAAUCAAAAUCGAAAUUCAUUUAACAAUUCUUCUGGCCCCAAUCAACAAAAUAGAACUGUACAAAACUGGCAUGAAAAAUGGAGAUCUACACAUUUAGGCCCUCGUACUGGUCAAGGUGUAAUCAUGAAACUUAAAGAAAAGAAAGAAACAUAUAAUGAAAAUGGAGUAUUUAUUUUUAUUCAAGAUAAUCCUUUUGCAGUACUUAUACUUACACCAAUUAUGUUAAGAGCCCAUGAUUUACCACUUGCUAAAGAUAUAGUUUUUGUUGAUUCUACUAGUUCUUGUGACCCAGAAAAUCAUUGCAUCACUUUUUUAUUAACACCGUGUGCAGCUGGUGCUGCACCAUUGGGUGUUCUUAUAACAAAAGGUCAAAGUGAAGAAUCAUAUAAAGCUGGAUUUCUAUUGAUUAAAAAUAAUGUACAGAAUGCCUUUGGUGGGAAAGGUUUUCCUACCAUAUUUUUAACAGACAAUUCAGAUGCAGAAAUUAAUGCUUUGAAAGCAGUUUGGCCAAACUCAAAAUCUCUUCUUUGCAUAUUUCAUGUUUUACAAGCUGUUUGGAGGUGGCUUUGGGACGGUAAAAAUAAUAUAAACAAAGAAGACCGUCAACCUAUGAUGCAAUCAUUUAGAAAAAUGCUGUAUGCUGAAACAGUUGAAGAAGCUUAUGCCGCAUUUGAAGUUACUUUAGAAAUUGGAAAACGCUGGUGUUUAGCCUGGAGAGAUCACACAAAUAGAGGACAUCACACUAACAAUUUUAGUGAAGUUUCUGUAAGAAUAUUUAAAGAAAAUGUGCUGUGUAGAGUUAAGGCUUAUAAUGUUGUUUCAAUUGUUGAUUUUUGCUGCACCAAAUUAGAAGAUUAUUAUAGAAGGAAGUUUCAAGAAUUUUCAAAUGAUAGAAACCCCACAGCACGUAAAUAUUUUGAAAAAAUUAUUAAACUUUGUGACUAUGCUUCAAAAGACAAAAUAUAUGUUGAAAAUGAAGAGUAUUAUGUACCGAGUGAAGAAAACAAACAGCUCAUGUAUUGUGUUGAACCUACUAUUGGCAUUUGUUCAUGUAAAGUUGGAAUACAUGGGAAAUUUUGUAAACAUCAAGGUAUAGUUUACAAAUAUUUUAAUAAAAUUGGAGUUAAUUUUCCUCCAGUAACCAUAGAAGACAAAUACUUAAUAGCAAAACUGGCAUUAGGUGAAAAAGUACCAAAUAAGACAUUUUACGAGGGCUUAUUACCUACAGAAGUAGUUCAUACACAGUCACCUAUAUCUCAUGACAUUCAUCAAGAUUCAAAUAAAAAGAGUUCAACAGAAAGUAUGCACAUUGUAAAAGAACACAAUCCCAAUUUAGAAAAACAAGAUUGUUUAUCCAUAUUAGAUGAUAUUACUCAGAAAUUGUCUAAUAAUGUAAUAAAGUAUGGUGAAUCAACUUAUGAGAAUUUGUUAAAAUUCAAAAAUAGAUUAGAUAAAAUACACACAGAAGGGCAGUUUAAUACUUUUUUAGCAACAGCAGGUACAUCCUCGUUAUCUCUUAGACAUAGAGACGUAGCAUCAAUAAAAGUACAACCAACUACAAUAGCUAGGAGAAGACCAGGAAUUACUAGAGGAAGUAAACGUUUGCUUGCAGGUAGACCAGCAACAAGUGAUAGUAACCGUCCCAAAAAGAAACCCAGAAAUUUACUGCAUAACAUUAAAAAUUGUGUUACUAAUGCAAAAUCACAUUAAUAAAAUUAUAUUAUAUUA